AUGCAGAAGCGUACUGCGCAAAUAAACGCUGACCCUGAAUUACAGCAGCAUAAUCGCAUCAGAAUGGGAUAUUCGCAUGACGACUUGGAGUUAUUGACAAGAAGCAAAGGAGAAAACGCAUAUCAUUUUGCUGAAGAAUGGGUGACAGAUGAGGAUGCGAUAUUGAGAGAUGAGGAGAAGCGGAAAAAAUUAGUGUGUAAACAAAUGGUGGUGUAG